AUGGCUUCACUGUACCAGCGGUUCAGCGGGAAGAUCAACACCUCCCGCUCGUUCCCCGUUCCCCCCGAAGCGAGUCACCUCCUGGGCGCCCAGAGCAGCGAGGAGGACGGCGCUGCCGGCAAGACCCCGCGUCCAUUGCAACAGGAAGGCAGCCGGCCCCGCUUCCAGUACCAGUCGCGAAGUGACUGCGAGGAGGAGGAUGAGCUGGUGGGGAGUAAUCCUCCUCAAAGAAACUGGAAAGGAAUUGCAAUUGCCUUACUUGUUAUUCUCGUUAUCUGCUCGCUGAUUGUCACCUCUGUCAUACUCCUGACACCAGUCGAAGAUAACAGCUUGUCUCAGAAGAAGAAGAUAACAGUGGAAGAUCUCUUUAGUGAUGAUUUCAAGAUUCAUGACCCAGAGGCUAAAUGGAUAACUGAUAAUGAAUUCAUUUAUAGAAACCAGAAUGGCACUGUGAUUCUGAGGAAUGUCGAAACCAACAGUUCAACAAUAUUAAUAGAAAACAAAAAAAUUGUCUCCUUAAAGGCUAUCCGGUAUGAAGUGUCACCUGACAGGGAAUAUGCACUAUUUGCCUUUGAUGUUGAACCUGUGUAUCAGCAUUCAUAUACAGCAUAUUAUGUCCUCAGCAAAAUACCUCAUGGGGAUCCCCAGAAUUUGUAUCCCCCUGAGGUCAGCAAUGCAAAGCUUCAGUAUGCUGGUUGGGGUCCAAAAGGGCAACAGCUGAUAUUUAUCUUUGAGAAUAACAUCUAUUACUGUGCCCAUGUGGGGAAACAAGCCAUCCGAGUGGUCUCCACAGGAAAGGAAGGUGUUAUUUUCAAUGGGCUCAGCGACUGGCUCUAUGAAGAGGAGAUCUUGAAGACUCACAUUGCUCACUGGUGGUCUCCUGAUGGCACCAGGCUGGCAUAUGCAACAAUCAAUGCCUCCAGAGUCCCCACCAUGGAGAUCCCCAUAUAUACAGGCACCCUUUACCCUACUGUUAAAACUUACCAUUAUCCAAAGGCUGGAAUGGAAAAUCCAACUAUUUCUUUGCAUGUGAUUGGACUGAAUGGACCCACUCAUGACCUGGAAAUGACUCCCCCAGAUGAUCAGAGAAUGAGGGACUACUACAUCACCAUGGUGAAAUGGGCCACCAGCACCAAGGUGGCAGUGAACUGGCUGAACAGGGCCCAGAACGUGUCCAUCCUGACGCUCUGCGACGCCACCACCGGGGUCUGCACCAAGAAACAUGAAGAUGAGAGCGAUGCCUGGCUGCACAGACAGAAUGAAGAGCCCGUGUUCUCCAGGGAUGGUCGGAAGUUUUUCUUCGUGCGCGCCAUUCCCCAGGGAGGCCGUGGGCACUUCUACCACAUCGCCAUGUCAUCGUCACAGCCCAACAGCAGCAAUGAUGACUUACAGGCUAUUACAUCUGGAGACUGGGAUGUGACAAAGAUACUGGCAUAUGAUGAAAAGAGGCAGAAAAUUUAUUUCCACAGCACAGAAGAUUCACCAAGAAGGAGACAUUUAUACAGUGCAAGCACAAAUGGGAACUUCAACAGGAGGUGCCUGUCCUGUGAUCUGAUUGAAAACUGUACUUAUUUCAGUGCAUCCUUCAGCCACAAUCUGGAAUACUUCCUCCUGACAUGUGAAGGUCCCCGUGUCCCGAUGGUGACUGUUCACAACACAACAGAUGCACAGAAAAUUUUUGAGCUGGAGGUAAAUGAAAAUGUGCAGCUGGCUGUAAAUGACAGGCAAAUGCCUAAGGUAGAAUACAUGGAAAUCAAGAUAGAUGAUUACAGAUUGCCAAUGCAGAUCUUGAAGCCGGCGACCUUUGCGGACACCGCGCACUAUCCCUUGCUUUUGGUUGUGGAUGGGACACCUGGCAGCCAGAUCGUGACGGAGAGGUUUGAGGUGACGUGGGAGAGCGUCAUGGUCAGCUCCCACAGCGCCAUCGUGCUCAAGUUCGACGGCCGCGGCAGCGGCUUCCAGGGAGCCAAGUUACUGCACGAGGUCAGGAGGAGACUGGGCCUUUUGGAGGAGAAGGAUCAGCUGGAAGCUGUCCGGACAAUGCUGCAGGAGCAUUUCAUUGAUAAAACAAGAGUUGGUGUGUUUGGGAAGGAUUAUGGUGGUUACCUGAGCACUUACAUGCUGCCAGCUGGUGAAGACAACCAGGUGUUCACCUGUGGAGCUGCUCUUUCCCCAGUGACAGACUUCAGACUAUAUGCUUCGGCCUUUUCUGAAAGAUACCUGGGCUUGCACGGGGUUGAUAACAGAGCAUACGAGAUCAGCAAAUUAUCACACAGAGUCUCAUUACUAAAGGAACAGACAUUUUUGAUCAUUCAUGCUACUGCUGAUGAAAAAAUCCAUUUUCAGCAUACUACGGACCUUAUCACACACCUAAUUAGAGCAAAGGCUAAUUACAGCUUGCAGAUUUACCCUGAUCAAAGCCAUUACUUCAGCAAUGCAGCAUUUGAGCAGCACUUGUACCAGUCCAUUGUCAACUUCUUUGUGGAGUGUUUCCAGGUUCCAGACAAACUCCCUCUAGCCCCACUGAAAGAGGAGGAGGAGGAUGAUUAACACUACUUGUCCGUGCUAAGCACAAGGCAGAUCUCUCUGACAAUAUGCAACUGGAUCAUUUUCCUGAAGAAAGAUAUGUUGUUAGCAUGUAUUUAAAAAAAAA